ACCGUUCGGCAGCAGCAUGUUCGAAUACCUUAUACCGCUAAUGUGCCAAUAUGUAUUCCUGCGGGAACUGUUUGAAUUGAACUGUGACAUUCAGCAGCUGAAAGCAGUCGAUCCGAACUAUGGCGUUACGUGGAUGUUUAUGCCGGACGAUCAAGGCACACCGAUCAUCGUGGAUCUUACCGAACCGAACGAUACGAGCGCGUCGGCCGGAAGGAAGAACAACAUUCACGACGAUGUUAUGUUUUACUACUACCGGCAAUCCACAAUCAACUCGCCAAGUCCGUUUCGGUUCAUCAAUGAUCCAGCGGCACCGUUGGCGCUGAACAGUUCGUACGAUCCAACGCUACCCACCAAGUUCGUUAUACACGGAUGGAAGAAUUCGAUCACCAGUCCUGUGUCGCAAAACAUCAAGAAUAGCUACCUUCGGCGAGAAGAUCUUAAUGUGAUCGUGGUCGACUGGGGACCUUUGGCACAGGACACACUGUACUUCCGGGCGGCUUCAUCAACCCGGGACGUAGGACGCCAUGUCGGUGGACUGAUUGACCGUAUGGUGGCGGAGCGAGGUACUAACCUGAACGACGUUCACAUCAUUGGACACAGUCUUGGGGCACACACGUCCGGUUUUACCGGGCAAUCGGUGCGGAGUGGUAAGGUGGCACGUGUUACUGGGCUUGAUCCGGCCCUGCCCGGAUUUACCGACCAGCAGCCGAACAAGCUGCUUGACCCGAGCGAUGCACAGUUCGUUGAUGUGAUGCACACGUGUGCCGGGAUGCUUGGACAUGAUCGUAAUCUUGGCCACGUUGACUUUUGGCCCAACGGGGGACGCGUCAAUCAGCCCGGUUGCGGUGGGAUCGAUGAUUUCGUCGGUGCUUGCAGUCACGGCCGUUCGUACGAGUAUUAUGCCGAAUCGGUCACACGCCCGGCGGCAUUUAAAGCAUAUCCGUGUCGCAGUGCGGACGAGUUUCGUGAGGCCAAGUGCCGGUCUGGUUCGAUCCCGAUGGGUGACGCGACACCCACCACAGCGCGGGGUAACCAUUUUCUAGAAACGAACGCUAAACCGGAGUAUGGAAAAGGAAUCUAGAGACCGGUGCUCACGCCUCACAGGACACUCUGUUAGAAGCUUAAUCGAAGACUGAACUCCACUUUGUUGUUGUGCCCCUUAGCUUGGUCGGUUGGUUGGUUGGUUUGUGUACUGUUUAUUUGCGUUUUAAAUUAUGUUAUUACUAAAUACACUUUACUGUUUUCAAAACAAUGUUAACACAA